AUGGAUCCAGAAUUGGUUUCUGAAACUGAGGAUAAAGUUAUAUUGAUUUGGGAUCGAGUGAAAACGGCUUCUGAUAGGCAGAAGUCCUAUGUCUUGCCAUGGAAGAAGGUACUGAUGUUUGGUCGCAAGGGCAAGCUAAUCCCUCGAUUUAUUAGGGCGUACCAGAUUCUGAGACAAGUGGGACCAGUCGCUUAUCAGUUGGACCUGCCUCCGGAGCUAGAUCGCAUUCAAUAUGUUUUCUAUGUCUCGAUGUUGAGAUGCUACCACUCUGAUCUGACGAAUAUUGUUCCUGUGAAGGAAAUUGAGGUUAGGCCAGAUUUAAUGUUUGAGGAGGAGCCGUUUCAGAUUCUAGAUCAUGAUGUUAAGGUUUUAUGA